AUGGGUAACGAAAUGUACAGCUCCCCGUCGGGAGCUAAAUCCCUGAUUUCUGUCCAUACUCAAGAUUAUGCUCUCGAGAUGCAAAAGUCGCCUUUUGGCGCAGGCACCAAUGCGAUUGCAUUAGAAGACGGUCACAAACUGAAAAAAGACUUGAAGCCAAGACAUAUCACCAUGAUUGCCAUCGGAGGUGCUCUGGGUACUGGUUUGCUCAUUGGUACAUCUUCUGCUUUGGCCGGUGCGGGUCCAGGAGGUGUCUUAAUCUCCUACUCUUUAGUUGGUCUUGUUGUUUACUUUGUUAUGUGUGCUCUUGGAGAAAUGGCCAGUUUCAUUCCUCUUCCCGAAGGUUUUGCUGGUUACGCAAAGAGAUAUUGCGACGAAGCCCUAGGUUUUGCCGUGGGUAUCAGUUAUUUGUGCAAGUACUUAAUUGUCACUCCUAAUCAAAUGGUUGCUGGUUCUUUGGUUAUGCAAUACUGGGUUUCCCCUGAAAGGGUCAACCCUGGAGUCUGGAUUGCCAUACUUCUUGUUGUGGUGGUGAUCAUCAACUACUUUGGUGUCAAGUUCUUCGGUGAGUUCGAGUUCUGGCUUUCUUCGCUGAAAAUUCUUACGGUGCUCGGUCUUAUUAUCUUGCUGCUUUGUAUCAUGCUCGGUGGAUCUCCAACUCACGACAGAAUUGGCUUCAGAUUCUGGCACCACCCAGGUGCUUUUGCUGCACACGCCCACAUCGAGAACCAGGCUACCGCAAAGUUUGCUGGUUUCUGGUCCGUCAUGGUGACUGCUGUUUUCGCCUACCUCGGUACAGAACUGGUUGGUAUCACUUUCGGUGAAGCUAGAAACCCAAGAUACACCAUCAAGAAGGCUAUCAGACUGACCUUCUACCGUAUCCUUGUGUUCUACGUGUGCUCUGUGUUCUUGCUCGGCUGCUGUGUUGCUUACAACGAUCCUAAAUUAUUGGCUGCCAAAAAGGCUUCCACUUCUGCCACCGCCUCGCCAUUCGUGGUGGCCAUCAAUAACGCUGAUAUCCGUGGACUGCCUCAUUUGAUCAACGCCUGUGUUCUGAUCUUCAUCUUCUCGGCCACCAAUUCGGAUCUCUACAUUGCAACCAGAAACGUUUACGCUCUGGCUGCCAACGGCAUGUUCCCAAGAUUCUUCUCGAGAACUAACAAGAACGGUGUUCCUAUUUAUGCACUGAUGUUCGCAAGUGCUUUCUGUCUGCUUGCCUUCAUGGUGUGCUCUUCUUCCUCGUCCAAGGUCUUCAACUACUUCGUUAACGUGGUGUCCAUCUUUGGUCUGCUCACCUGGAUCUCCAUCUUGGUGACCUACCUCUACUUCACCAGAGCUGUGAAGGCCCAAGGUUACGAUAGAAAGAAGUUUGUCUACUACGCUCCGUUGCAACCAUACGGAACCUGGUUCGCCUUGUUCUUCUGCUGCUUGAUCGCGAUUACCAAAUCGUUCGACGUGUUCAUUGCCGGCUUCGAUUACAAGACGUUUAUUACCUCGUACAUCGGUAUUCCAGUGUUUUUGAUCUCGCUGUUCGGAUACAAGAUUAUCAUGAGAACCAAGACUGUCAAGCCAGAAGAGGCCGACCUUGUCACUUACAAGGACGUCAUCGACGCCGAGACGGAGGAGUACGAGCUCUUGGAGGAGAAGAAGGUUGCUGCCAGAAACGGCAAGAAGGAUCUCGGCUGGUUGUACGACCACUCUGUUGGCUACCUUUUCUAA